UUUUACUCGGCCUACGAUAAGAACUGAGCUUGUACUUGACCAUAACAUGUUAUCUUUUUGUUACUUCUUGGACAAAAAAUAGGUUGUCAUCAGAAAUUCGAGGGAGAUUAGUCUCUGAACUUUUUAGUUGACACUGAACUAAAAUAUCCAUAUUAACUUAAUCAAAAUGCUGGAACCAGUGGGAGUUUAAUUUCCUUACGUAUAAGAGAAUGAGAUUCAAGGUUGGAGAUGGUUCUGGUGCUGUGAUGAUGGGUUCAGAUUGUCGGGUUCGAAGCAAAUGAGAUUCAAGGUUGGGAGAAGGCGGAAAGUGCAGCAAUGGCCUUCAAGAAACAACUUGAAACUGCAGUUUAGAAGAAUUCAGCGCUUGAAGAUUUUGACUGAAUAGUUCUGACCACUUGAAUGCAUAAGGAAGUUGCAGACUAUGAUAAGUGUACGAGGUAAGCCGAAAAAGAAAUGUCAAUCAUGUGAUCUGUUCUAGUGCAUUGGGAUGAAGGUUCUUUGAUUAAUACGUGUGACCUGUAAGUUGAACACCUUUCCGUUCUGAUUUAAAAUCUUCAUGCAAAAUCUUCGGUGAAAUGCUUGUGGAAUAGAAUUUACUAAUAUUGCCUACUUUUGAAGUAUGUCAAUCUGAUACAUGUUACUAGAGUAGAGCAGGUUAAAGAAGAUAUAUGGUAGUACUUGAUAUCCAAUGUGUGGUCAGUAUAUUGUUUGCUUGGUUUUGUGUGGAUUGGUUUUGUCAUCCCUAGGCACAAAUAUGUCACAUAGUCUAUACUUGUAUGAUGUUAUAAGUUAAGGGUAUAAUUUAAGCACACUUAUUAGCUAUAAUAAGCUUACUUGUAUCUUCAGUAUAGUCCCUGUCAGUUACUUCAUCCUGGAUGCAAGCUGAUCUUUUUUUUUUCUGGCAGGCAAUCUCUGUAAUGGCCAAAUCUGGAUUUGCAGCAUUGAUUGAUUUUAACCCUAUCCAUGCCACUGAUGUGCAACUUCCUGUUGGUGGGACUUUUGUGAUAGCUCAUUCCUUGGAAGAUUCCCAGAAAGCAGUGACUGCAGCAAAAAAUUAUAAUAAUCGAGUUGUUGAGUGUCGUCUAGCAUCAAUUGUCCUUGGUAUAAAGCUAGGAAUGAAACCAGAGGACGCACUCUCCAAAGUGAAAACUCUAUCUGAUGUUGAGGGUUUGUGCGUUUCAUAUGCUGACAGUCGUGGCUCUUCUGACCCUGUCCUUGCUGUCAAGGAAUUUUUGAAGGAAGAUCCUUAUACAGCUGAAGACAUUCACGAGAUCAUACAGAAAAAUAUGGAAUCAGUCUUUUCUAGUUCAUCAUCUUCACUGGAUGUUCUCAAGGCCGCAAAGCACUUCAAAUUAUUCCAGGUUGAUUUCUGGAAGCUUUCAUCCUUGGGAGGGAAUUCGGUCCAGUUUUCUGUAGUGAACUUUGGAUUGCUGGUUACUGCUGAAUUUUGGGAGAUAACUAUAGAUCAAGAAGGUUGUUGGUUAUAUUUCCAAAAUGUUUCAGUUUUGUACUGUGAGUUUAGACUGGUUGCAAUGUAAAUAGUUGUUUUUGGGAUCAAAUAGUACUGGAUAUGAAUAUGAAUUGUAGUU